AUGACAAGAGAACAAUCUGGAGGGAAAAAAAAUGGGUUGGGCAGCUGGUGGAGCCUCACCCAGCCAUGUAAGGCAAAACGGUUUCCCACACUCCCCAGUCACCCUGACGCAGACGGCCUGGAUCACAGCUGCCUGAACAUCAUCGGAAAGAGUCCCCCGACGGCUUCGUCUGCCCAGGUCCGAUGCAGGCGGCUUAGACUCACCCUACAAGAUCAGGAACUGUCAGGCUGCAGCUCGCAGCGGGACAGCAACCAGGUUUACCUCAAAGCCCAUCCAGAGGAAGCGCAGAGUGUCAAAAUGAUGGCGGACGAGGUGACGCAGAUUCAUGAGGUGAGGUACUGUCUGAAGACUCUGAGGGAACAGAUGGCUUCCAGGCAGAACACCAAAAACAACAAGCAUCCAGCCAAUGGCUUCAGAGUCAACCUGUCCAGCAGCCAACCAGCUGUCACCAAUGGCAACACUGUUCUCCGUGAAUCAGACGCCCAGGACGAAGACAAUCCGGGGGACAGCGUGAAGCUCAGGGAGGCGACCAAACGUUUUUACACUCAGCUGAAGGACAUGGAGACAAGGCACGAGGAGGAGAGGGAGCGACUGCAGGCUGAGUCACGCCAGUUUGGUGUUCGUCUGGCCAGGCAGACUGAGCAGCUGCAGGCAGCGGAAAAGCUGUCGGAGGAGAGGGGUCAGCAGGUGGAGGAGCUGCAGAGGCUGCUGGGAAGCAUGGCCAUCGAGAGUCGCAAACUCAAAGACAAGAUGGCGGCAGGGGAGCAAGAGCUGCUGCAGCUCAAAGCAGACAACGAGGAAGGGGAGGAGGAUGAGCGGAGGUGUAAGGAGCUGAAUAAGGAGGUGGCUGUUUUGAAGGAAAAGAUUCAUCACCUUGACGACAUGUUAAAGAGUCAGCAGAGGAAAGUCCGUCACAUGAUCGAACAGCUGCAGAACUCCCGCACUGUCAUCCAAGAGAGAGAUCGAUCCAUAAGGGAUCUGGAGGAGAGGGUGGUUUUCCUGGAGGCCGAGAACCGAGAAAUGCAUGACCACCUGGAGUACUUCCUGGCAAGCCAGGAGCCUCCGAAGCCGGAGUCCACUGAGAAGAAGCCAGAGGUUGUAUACAGUAAAACACUCACACCGACAACACAGACCAACAAGGCCCUUCCGUUCAUCAAAAUCAUCGAGAUCAAGUCCUGAACCUGAGUGUCGACCAAAGGAAUGACCAAUUGGAAAAUACAGUGUAAAUUUAUAUACAACCACCCACCAGUGCGUCAACUGGCUUAACAGACCUCAUGGUGACAAAGCACGUUGGUGCUUAACUGAUCUUCUUACAUGAUAUACAAGGACACAGGUCGAGGCAGUAUGUACUUUCUCGGCAAGUUGAAACAAUGCAGUGGCAGUAGAAAGAGUUCUGUCAAUUUCACUAUUUAUUUGUAUCCACCUCCACCACUUCUUUUCGUGCAGUAAUGACAUAUUUGCAACGCGCCAUGUAAAAGGUGUGUUGAGAUAGUAACAGCUCUGUUAUUAGUUUUGUAUCUCCCUGUUCCACAUAUGUAUGACAAAAUGUAUAAAUAGUCCACUACAGCUUAUGGACUUUAUUCUGAAGCAGCAGCAGGGUCGGGGGCCGGAUUCCUCAGUGCUUCGCACCACAUCGCUAAUGGCAGGCAUGCAGUUGGCAAUGCCAUCAUUGAAAUACGAGCGAUGUUAAACUUCUUUUAUUUUACACUCGAGUGAGUUUAAUAUAAUUAUAAGGAUGAUCUUAUGUUAUGUAUUAGAAUUUAGAACUUUAUUUUAGCUAUGCUAGCUAAUACUUGUAGAUAGCUAAUAGCUAACAUUUUAUUCUUAUCUAUGCUGCCAAGCGCUGCCUCAAAUGUAUUAUUAAGUUAACUGUUUUGUGUGAAAAUGUCUAAUAUUUAAUAACACUUCUGGUUACUGACAUCAUUUUUGUAUUGUUUGUAUAUCAGUUUAUCUGUAAAAUACUUCAAGGAUGUACACUUUUAAAGAUUGAGUACCGUUUUAUUGUGAAUACUGUAUAGUUUUCUGUUAUUUCUUUGAAGACAGUUACAUUUUAAUUAAAUAUGAUGAAAUACCUG